ACUUGUCUUGUGGAUUUUAAAUAGCAAAAUGGCAGCCAAGUUAUUAGUCCUCCUGUGCGCAGUAGCGGCCGCCCGCGCCGGCAACCUGCUCGCCUCCCCCCUGAGCGCCUACUCCAGCGGGCUCGGCUACGGACACUACGGGGCUUCCCCCCUUAUUGCCAAGAGCUACGCCGCGCCUGCCUACGGCGCCUACUCUGCGCCCUACGCGAGUUACGCCGCGCCCGCCUACGCAGCCUCAGCGUACGCUGCACCGGCAUACUCAGCAUACGCUGCAGCCCCGGUGGUGAAGUCUGUCGCCCCAGCUGUGUCUUCAGUGUCUUCGUAUUCGACCCACACGGCCCACGCCGCUCCUGUAGCCGCCUAUGCUCACGCCCCAGUGGCUAGCUACGCUGCGCCGUCCUACGCGUAUUCCGCCCCGUACUCCUACGCUCAGGCCGCUCCCCUCGCCUACGCUCAAGCCCCGGUGUCCUACGCUCAUGCUCCGGUAGCGAGCUACGCUCACGCUCCUCUGGCCAGCUACGCUCAUGCCCCGGUUUUGAAGUCAGCUGUGGCCUACUCCGCCGCGCCCGCCGUGUCUCAUGUGGCCUACAACGGACUGGCUGCCAACUACGGAUGGUAAUCGAGUAGCCUAUAUUGUACAGAUCUGUAACUAGUUGUUUGUAUUUUGUGAAUAUUUAUUUUUUGUACGUGUAUUUUUUAUGCCGCCAUUUUAAAUUAAAGUCAGUUUUAAAGUUCA